GGCAAACAGGUGGGACGUCAGAGCGGAGGCCUCGGGUCACCAACCCACCCCUCGUGCCAAGCGGACAUCUGGGCCCUGGCUCCUGCCACGUGCCCAGAGGCCGCCCAGCUCCCCAGCCAGCUCCUGAUCCAAGAGGCUUCCUCGCUGAACCUCGGAACGUUCCCAUUUCUCGGAUGGAAAAAUCUUACCACUCGCGGACUCCGUUCCGACAGCGGCUGUGAUACUUGCCGGGUCUUCUCUGCAACCCAGCUUGGCCGGUCUCCGGCCCCGGCCGCCGGCAGGUGCCUGGCUGGGAGGAAAACGCGGCGUGGAUUUUUCCGUCCCGGAGCCUGGAUCCUGUGGUGGCGGACAUGGAGGAGCUGACCAUCUGGGAACAGCACACGGCCACACUGAGCAAGGACCCCCGCCGGGGCUUCGGGAUCGCCAUCUCCGGAGGCCGAGACCGGCCUGGUGGGUCUGUGGUGGUGUCUGAUGUCGUGCCUGGGGGGCCGGCGGAGGGCAGGCUACAGACAGGGGAUCACAUUGUCAUGGUGAACGGGGUCUCCGUGGAAAAUGUCACCUCCUCCUUCGCCAUCCAGAUCCUCAAGACUUGCACCAAGUUGGCGAACGUUACGGUGAAGCGGCCCCGGAAGAUCCAGCUGCCCGCCACCAAGGCCAGCCCCCCGGGCCGGGGACGCCAGGACUCGGAUGAUGACGAAGACCCCCAGCCGCUUGAGGAGGCUGACCACGGCCGGGGCUAUGAGGGUGACUCGUCCAGCGGCUCCGGCCGCUCCUGGGGUGAGCCCUCCCGCCGGCCGCGGGCUGGCCGCAGGAGCCGGGCAGGCAGCCACGGGCGCAGGAGCCUGGGUGGCGGCUCUGAGGCCAACGGGCUGGCCCUGGUGUCCGGCUUCAAGCGGCUGCCACAGCAAGACGUACAGAUGCGGCCGGUGAAGUCGGUGCUGGUGCGGCGGACGGAGAGCGAAGAGUUCGGGGUGAAACUGGGCAGUCAGAUCUUCAUCAAGCACAUCACAGAUUCGAGCCUAGCUGCCCAGAAUCGCGGACUGCAGGAGGGAGACCUCAUCUUACAGAUCAACGGGGUGUCCAGCAAGAAUCUGUCACUGAGCGACACGCGACGGCUGAUUGAGAAGUCGAAAGGGAGGCUGACCCUGCUGGUACUCAGGGAUCGGGGGCAGUUUUUGGUGAACAUCCCGCCGGCGGUCAGCGACAGUGACAGCUCCCUGCUGGAGGACAUCUCAGACCUCGGCUCAGAAUUGUCGCAGGCACCGCCCUCCCACAUCCCGCCACCGCCCCAGCAAGGACAUCAAAGUCCGGAUGGCAGCCAAACCGACUCCCCUGAUGAGAGGCCCCAGCUUUGGCAGGAGAGGUCAGUGGACUUGACAACUCUCUCGGAACCAGACUCCCCCGGGAGAGGCAGCUACGAUGUCCACCGGGUGCCGAGCCGUCAGAGCCUGGGGGACCGUGGGUACAGCCCGGACACACGGGUGGUUUGUUUCCCCAAGGGCGCCAGCAUCGGGCUGCGGCUGGCGGGGGGCAACGACGUGGGCAUCUUCGUGUCGGGGGUGCAGGCGGGCAGCCCGGCGGAUGGACAGGGCAUCCAGGAGGGAGACGAGAUCCUGCAGGUGAAUGACGUGCCCUUCCGGAACCUGACGCGGGAGGAGGCUGUGCAGUUUCUGCUGGGGCUGCCGCCAGGGGAGGACGUGGAGCUAGUGACACAGCGGAAGCAGGACAUCUUCCGGAAGAUGGUGCAGUCCCACGUGGGCGACUCCUUCUACAUCCGCACACACUUCGAGCUGGAGCCCAGCCCCCCGUCCGGCCUGGGCUUCACCCGCGGUGACGUCUUCCACGUGCUGGACACGCUGUACCAGGGCCCGGGGCUGAGCCCUGCCCGCCGGGGCCACUGGCUGGUGGCACGCGUCGGCCGCGACUUCCGGGAGCAGGAGCGGGGGAUCAUCCCCAACCAGAGCAGGGCCGAGCAGCUGGCAAGCCUGGAGGCCGCCCAGCGGGCCGUGGGGGCCGGACCCAGCUCCUCCGCCAGCUCCCGCGCACGGGCCGAGUUCUGGCGGCUCCGGGGCCUUCGUCGGGGAGCCAAGAAGUCCAGCCACCGGAGCCGCGAGGACCUGUCCACGCUGACCAGUCAGGGUCACUACCCACCCUACGAGCGGGUGGUCCUGAGAGAAGCCAGUUUCAAGCGCCCGGUGGUGAUCCUGGGACCUGUGGCCGACAUCGCUAUGCAGAAGCUUACUGCCGACAUGCCUGACCAGUUUGAGAUCGCAGAGAGCGUGACAAGGACCGAAGGCCCCUCCAAGAUUAUCAAACUGGACACCGUGCGGGUGAUUGCCGAGAAGAACAAGCAUGCGCUUCUGGACGUGACCCCCUCGGCAGUCGAGCGCCUCAACUACGUGCAGUACUACCCCAUCGUGGUCUUCUGCACCCCCGAGAGCCGGGCGGCCCUCAAGGCCCUGCGCCAGUGGCUGGCGCCUGCCUCCCGCCGCAGCUCCCGCCGCCUCUACGCGCAGGCCCAGAAGCUGCGGAAGCACAGCGACCACCUCUUCACAGCCACCAUCCCUCUCCACGGCACGAGCGACGCCUGGUAUCAGGAACUCAAGUCUGUCAUUCAAGAGCAGCAGCUGCAGCCCAUCUGGACAGCUGAGGACCAGCUGGACAAUUCCUCGGAAGACAACCUGGACCUCCCGCUCCGAGACCUGGCCGACAGCUCCGCCGACCUGAGCUGCGACAGCCGGGCCAACAGCGACUACGAGACGGACGGCGAGGGCUACACGGACGGCGAGGGCGGGCCCCACACAGACGUGGAAGAGGGGCCCCCGGCGCCAGCCCUGGCCCGGUCCUCAGAGCCCGCGCUAGCAGACGAGCCCCAGAGCCUGGGGGAUUAUGGGAGAUCCUCCACUCCCCGGAGGGCCCAGGUGGACAGCCGGCACCCCCAGGGUCAGUGGCGACAGGACAGCAUGAGGACAUACGAGCGGGAGGCCCUGAGGAAGAAGUUUACACGAGCCCGAGACAUGGAGUCCUCUGAUGAAGACGGCUACGACUGGGGCCCGGCCACUGACCUGUGACCCCUGCACUGCUGACAGCUGGCCCGUCCUCUCUUUUCCCUCCCUGGAGCCAGGACUCGGUUUCCCCUAGGGAACCCAAAACCCUGCCUCCUUCCCCCUGGGCUUUCAUAAACAGUAUUUUCACA